UUCUGACCAACACUUUCCCAUGCAAUGUGCUAAUGAGUAUGAUUUUAAUUUCAUGAUAUCCAUUGUCUUACAUGCAACUGCAAGUGAAAAGAAAAUGUGUGCUACAUUUUGUCAUCCACAUGUCCUGUUUGAUUAAUCUUAACCUUGCACUUCACCCUCAAUUCCCUCAUACAAAGUCUCACAAGAACCCUCCCCCACUGCACAGCUGGUAUUCACAAAAAAAAUAAAAAUAAUCUAAAUCAAAACAAAACCAGUCAGCGGAUGAAAUCUGUCCAGCACAGAAGAAAGGGCCUGAAAGGAAGACACUCCCUUCCACAUGACACAAUGCCAUAGAUUCAGGCUUUCACACAGUGCUCCUUUUCAGCAUUAGCAUUCCAGAAAGUGAAUCUACAGCAAAAACAUUUCAUGAAGAAACUGUAAUUUGGAAAGAAGAACAGAGAAAAGGAUUUUUCUGAAGUAGGUCAAUAUGGUGGUGUAACACAGCUGGAAUAGACUGUUGCAUGAAAGCUACUCUCGAAAUCAUCAUGGAGACAAAUCAUUGUGUUUUCCACGUGUUUAUCUGCAUUUCUUUGAUCUUGACACACUGGCACAAUGGUUCAGCUUGCCACACAGGCUCUCAGGUAGAAUGUGAGAAAGCCCCAUUUGUGCCUGGUUACAACCUGGUGGGCGAAGGCUUUGAUGUUGUCAGGAUGCGCCGUAAAGGUGCAUUUUUGAUUGAUGUCAAGUCACACAUGGAUAAUGACACUUGUACCGUUUGCAAGAACCGCUUUCAGGGAGGGCAGAUGCAGAAACUUCCCUCAGCUGUGCGGGACUGGCGUCCGUUCAGCCGCUGCAGCAAACAGCUUUCUAGUGCUCUUCAUCAUUCUGUUGACUCCCUAAUGAAGAGUUCAACAUCACUCAUCAAUAACAACUGGGAAAUGGAUCUUAGCCUGGAUGACAUAGGAAAAGCAAUGUUUGGAGGGAGCCGUUCAGAUAUUGCCAAAUUUGCCCAAUCUCAGAAUGCAAUGGAUAAGGCAACAUUUGCCGUCCAUGAAAUCAGCUGCACAUAUUAUAGUUACAGAGUCACAGACCACCCAGAGCUCAGCACUGAAUUCUCAAAACAUCUCCGGCGACUUCCGACACAAUAUGAUGAGGAAUCAAAAGCCCUGUACCGAAGGACUAUAGAUACUUAUGGCACUCACUACAUACGUCAAGUUCAUCUGGGAGGCCGAGUGAGGCGGGUCACAGCUUUUCGAACUUGUCUUGCAACCCUGAAGGGCUUCUCUGAGACUGAUAUCAAGAACUGCCUAAACAUUGAGUUAAAGAUGACUCUGGGGUUCCUGCCAGCUAAUGUCUCGUUUUCCAACAAAUGCUCUCACAUCCUUAAAGAUAACAUGAACAUGGGAUUCUACCAGGGCUUCAUGACACACAAGACAGAGGUGCUGGGAGGUGAGAAAUACUUUCCAGACCUAGUUUUAAACCAAAGCCCAGCUGAAGCAUACUCGAACUGGAUGAUGAGCCUGCAUGACAAUCCUGAGGUCAUAUCAUAUGCAAUUUUCCCUCUCCAUCAUCUGGUGGCUGAUCCCGAGGUUAGUGCCAAUCUAAAAAGAGCAGUAACAGAGUAUAUUGAAGAGAACAUGCUUCCUGUAGAUCACAAGGAGAAUCAAGGAUGCUCACAAACACAAAAUCUGGACCACAACUGCUGUCCUAUGCAAGCCGGCCGUGGCAAGUUAGUAGUGAUGGUGCAGAGAGCAGCAGGCCUGAAAGCAGAUCUCUUCACACGCACUGACGGUUAUGUGAAAGUCUGGUACAACCUCAUGUAUGAGGAGACUGAGGUGAUUAUGGACAAUAAUGAUCCCGAAUGGAACAUCAGCUAUGAUUUUAGAUCAAUUGAGUUUGGUCAUGAACUCAUAUUUGAGGUUUGGGACAGUGAUGUCAUUUAUAAUGACUUUGUGGGGAGAUGUGUGGUCAGACCUGAACGUGGAUCUCAUUCACACAGCUGUAAAUUAAAGAGAGGCAUCCUGUAUUUCACCUACAACGCUUCUUGUGACGCUCAUCUGACUGGACCCAGGUGUAGCAGAUAUUCACCAAAAGCAUAAGACCUUGUAUUUGUAUAGAACAAUUUAUACAAAAAGAAUAUUUCGGCAUAUUGCUUUUUAGACAGUUAAAGGUGAGACAUCAUAUCAUAAACAGAGAUGUAUAGAAAAAAUAAUCA